UUGUACAUAUCCGUCAAUCACUCAACUACACCUGGGUCAUCAUGACCCCAAGCCGUUAAAUAGCUACACGAGUUGUCUCCCCUUGAUGUCAAUUCUCACAAUCAGCUGCUCGUGGUGUAUGUACAUCACUGUGUGUCCCGCUAGAUCUGUCAUGUUCCCCUGCUGUAAAAUAACGACAACAAGACAGUAACCUAAACAUCUGUACUGUUUUAAACACAAGUGCAGUAUGUCGAUGUCAUUCAACCCCCUGUGCCAGGAAAUGCUGAAGGAGUGGCUUGGGGAGAGCCAUAAGUUCAAGAUCCUGUUUGACAGUUCCCAGUACCACAAUCAGAUCGAAGAGUUUCAUAAGCGCUGUGACAAAAGUGAACCCACUGUUACUGUCUUCUACACCAAUGGCGACAGUGUUUUCGGUGGCUAUACGCGACAGACCUGGCAGCCCUCUUCUAACCAAGAAUACAAGCACGACAAAAGAGCUUUUCUGUUCCAGCUGUUCAAAAGGGCCACUUUCAACCCGAAGAAGUACCCUGUUAAAGCCCAUCGUUGUGCUAUCUAUUGCCACAGCGACUAUGGACCAACAUUUGGAGGUGGUCAAGCCGACGGAACGAAGGAUAUUGUCACACAGACGGACACUGGUCACCAGGCGGGCGUCACAGUGCGAACAGCAAUAGGUCAAGCAUACAGCCCUGAAGUACGCCAAAGUGUAAACUUCACAGACGGUCAAGAGGAGGUUGUGAAGUUCGAGGUAUUUCUUGUCAUUGAUGACAAUGAAUAUGUUGAAAAGGCAUGGCGAAAUGUCACUCAAGUGGCGGUUGAGUCUUUACGAAGAGACUUAGAAGGUUUCAAGCCUCCUGGUGGUUUGACGUUCACAAAUAUACUCCUAGUUGGUCAGAUAGGAGCGGGAAAGUCGAGCUACCUCAACAGUAUCACCUCGGCCUUCAGGGGUUACGUCACAAGCUCUGUGCCUACCGGCAGUGCACUCCACAGUCUAACACAAAAGAAUGAAGAACACAGGAUCUAUACCUGGCCUCAAGGGAUGCUACUCAAGUUUCGAUUGUGGGACACACGAGGAUUUGAACAAGCAAUGGGCCAGAGUAUGGUACGGGACAUCCAAAACAUCAUACAAGGAAGUCCGCAAAGUUACAUAGCUAUGCUGGCAACGAUGAUGACUAACCUGUGGAAUAGACAUCUAGGACGUCAGCAGGCAUGGCGUCAGGACGAGGAGGAGCUCCAGCGGAAGAUUCACUGUGUUGCUUUCGUCAUUGAUGGCUCAGUGAUCAAUGGUCUACCGCUAGAGGUGAAGGAUGCGUUUGAGAAAAUAAAGAAAACUGCCAACGAAUAUGGUAUUCCGCAGACAGUCCUGUUGACGAAGAUCGACAAGGUGUGCAGGAUGGUGGACAGUAAUCUAUCUCUGACGUUCCACAGCACCCAGAUACGGGACUUGGUGGAACAAACUGCAACACUCUUAAGGCUGCCUCGGUCUCACGUCUUCCCUGUGAAGAACUACGAGCAGGAGAGUGAACUGGACGACGAUGUGGAUCGACUCACUCUUCUCAGCCUCAGGCAGAUGCUGAGGUUCACAGACGACUUUCUAUUACAGCAUUUGCAGUAGAAUAUAGUUGACAACACUACGCACCUGAAUAUAUAUCAUUUGUAUAGAUCCAGGUACUUCCUUAUAGAUUGAGAAGGAGCCCUAGUAAGAUGAGGGAUAAAGGAACUAAUUCCAUUGGCAUUGGCUACUCGUGGUAGGGGGAUUAUCAGUUACAUUCUACAACCAUCAGGUAAAAGAUUAAAUGACAUAUUUAUUUAUUUAUUGGGGCUCUUGUCAAGCUCUGGCAUCUCUCUCCAGUGAUUCUAACUAGAGUGCUGUUGUAAUUACCAUUAAUGACCAAAUGCAGUAUUCCCAUUCAGGACAUAGUUGGAAACCCAAUUUGAACUGAAGUGAGUUAGUUUUCUUCAAAUCUUUGAAGGGCAUUUAGAAGUCGAAUACAUAAGAAAAGCAAGAUUUAUGGAUGUCAACAUCUUUAUUGUGAAUAACACGACGUUUCGGAGUCUAUGCUUGCUCCCUCAUCAGGUGAUUAAGUUUUCUUGAACGAUGAACCUGAAUAAAUCUAGACUUGCUUCAGUCCGGGCCAUAGCAUUACAGAUAGUCGAAAGGGAGAAGAGGCGGAUGUGGAACUGUGAAACAGACUAUAGUAUGUAGCAGUGUGUAGUAAAGUAGUGUGUACAUCUUACAUAAGUUAUGCUGUUAUCCGCCUGUAGGUUAAAACGAUAUAUCCUACCCAUCAAAAGUUUGGACAACACUCACUAUAUGUGGCUGCAAACUUUAUGCUAUUGCACGAGGAUCAUGCAUCAAAAUGCAGAAAA